ACAAUUAUGAUGCUGUGCAAGAUGUGGAGCUCUCCUUGCAAGUUGGUGAUACAGUUCACAUUCUGGAGAUGUAUGAAGGCUGGUACCGAGGAUACACGCUCCGGAAUAAAGCCAAGAAGGGCAUUUUCCCAGAAACAUAUAUCCAUUUAAAAGAGGCCAUUGUGAAGGACCGGGGACAACAUGAAACUGUGAUUCCAAGUGAAUUGCCCCUUGGACAAGAGCUCACUUCUACCCUGAGGGAGUGGGCAGUUAUCUGGCACAAGUUAUAUGUGACUAACAAGACAACACAGUUCCGGCAUGUCCAGCAAAUGACCUACAGCCUGAUAGAGUGGAGGUCACAGAUACUGUCUGGAACCCUCCCCAAAGAUGAGCUCGCUGAGCUCAAGAAGAAAGUCACUGCUAAGAUUGACUACGGCAAUAGGAUCCUAGGUUUGGACCUGGUUGUACGAGAUGACAAUGGGAACAUCUUGGAUCCAGAUGAAACCAGCACAAUCUCUCUCUUCAAGUCCCAUGAAACAGCAUCCAAGAGGAUUGAUGAAAGGAUCCAGGAAGAGAAGUCCCUGCAACAGAACUUGGACCUCCGAGGACAGCCAAUAUUCAACACUACACAUACAUACAGCCUGUAUGUAAACUUCAAGAACUUCGUCUGCAAUAUUGGGGAAGAUGCAGAGCUGUUAAUGAGCCUCUAUGAUCCUGAUCUCUCCCAAUUCAUCAGUGAAAAUUACCUGGUUCGUUGGGGCAGUAAUGGGAUGCCUAAAGAAAUCGAGAAACUAAAUAACCUUCAAGCAGUCUUUACUGAUUUAAGCAGUUCUGACUUGAUCAGACCGAAAAUCAGCUUGGUGUGCCAGAUUGUGAGGGUGGGGCAUAUGGAGCUGAAAGAUGGGAAGAAACAUACCUGUGGACUCCGGAGGCCCUUUGGUGUGGCAGUGAUGGACAUAACUGAUAUCAUACAUGGGAAGGUGGAUGAUGAGGAAAAGCAACAUUUUAUUCCAUUUCAGCAGAUCGCCAUGGAAACAUACAUCAGGCAGCGACAGCUCAUCAUGUCCCCACUGAUAACUUCCCAUGUGAUCGGAGAAAAUGAGCCCCUCACUUCUGUCUUCAACAAAGUCAUUGCUGCAAAGGAAGUGAAUCACAAAGGGCAAGGUCUUUGGGUCUCCCUGAAGCUGCUUCCUGGUGACCUAGCACAGGUUCAAAAGGAUUUUUCCCACCUUGUAGACAGAUCAACUGCUGUGGCUCGCAAGAUGGGAUUCCCUGAGAUAAUCCUUCCUGGUGAUGUUCGAAAUGACAUCUAUGUCACCCUGAUACAAGGGGAGUUUGACAAAGGCAAGAAGAAGACUCCCAAGAAUGUAGAAGUCACCAUGUCUGUGCAUGAUGAAGAUGGAAAUCUCCAAGAGAAAGCUAUCCAUCCUGGUGCUGGUUAUGAAGGUGUCUCCGAAUACAAGUCUGUUGUUUAUUAUCAAGUCAAGCAACCUUGCUGGUAUGAAACUGUGAAGGUGUCCAUUGCAAUAGAAGAAGUCAGUCGUUGCCAUCUGAGAUUCACUUUCCGUCAUCGGUCGUCACAGGAAUCUAGGGAUAAGUCUGAGAGAGCAUUUGGCAUGGGCUUUGUGAAGCUGAUGAAUGCAGAUGGGACAACACUGCAAGAUGGCAAACACAAUUUGAUUGUAUAUAAGGGUGAUAACAAGAAAAUGGAAGAUGCUAAAUGCUACUUAACUCUUCCUUGUACCAAAACGGAGAUGGAGGAGAAGGAGACCCCCUCGGGGAAGAAUCUGCACCAUCUAACCAGCUUCACACCCACUAAAGACAGUACAAAAGACAGCUUCCAGAUUGCCACAUUGAUCUGCUCCACCAAACUUACCCAGAAUGUUGACCUGCUGGGUCUGUUGAACUGGCGUUCUAACUCCCAGAACAUCGCUCACAACCUAAGGAAGCUAAUGGAGGUGGAAGGAGGAGAAAUUGUAAAGUUUUUGCAGGACACCCUCGAUGCACUUUUCAACAUCAUGAUGGAAAUGUCAGAGAAUGAAACCUAUGACUUCCUCGUGUUUGAUGCACUGGUCUUUAUUAUUUCUUUGAUUGGAGACAUCAAGUUCCAGCAUUUCAACCCUGUACUUGAAACUUACAUUUACAAGCACUUCAGUGCAACCCUGGCAUAUGUGAAACUCACCAAAGUGCUGAACUGUUACGUGGGAAAUGCUGAUGACUCCAGCAAGACAGAAUUGCUGUUUGCUGCCCUGAAAGCCUUGAAGUACCUGUUCCGAUUCAUUGUGCAGUCCCGAAUAUUGUACCUGAGGUUUUAUGGGAAAAGCGAAGCUGGGGAUGAAUUUAAUGAUGCAAUACGCAAGCUCUUCCUCUCCUUCAAUGUCCUCAUGGACCGGCCUUUAGAGGAGGCUGUCAAGAUUAAGGGUGCAGCUUUAAAGUAUUUGCCAAGCAUCAUAAAUGAUGUCAAACUAGUGUUUGACCCUGUUGAGCUCAGUGUCCUCUUCAGCAAGUUUAUCCAGAGCAUUCCUGACAACCAGUUAGUUCGACAGAAGCUGAACUGCAUGACCAAGAUAGUCGAGAGUGAUCUCUUCAAGCAGGCUGAAUGCAGAGAUGCUCUUCUGCCACUCCUAAUAGAUCAGCUAAGUGGCCAGUUGGAUGACAACUCAAACAAGCCUGACCAUGAGGCCUGCUCACAGCUACUUAGCAACGUUCUUGAAGUCCUGGAUCGGAAAGAUGUGGGUCCCACUGCUGUCCACAUCCAGCUGAUCAUGGAACGCCUGCUGAGGAGAAUAAACCGCACAGUGAUUGGAAUGAGCAGACAGUCUCCGCACAUAGGUAUUUUUGUGGCCUGCAUGACAGCCAUCCUGAGGCAGAUGGAUGACUUCCAUUACAGCCAUUACAUCAAUACUUUCAAAACCAGGCAGGACAUUAUUGACUUCCUGAUGGAAACAUUCAUUAUGUUUAAGGAUCUGAUUGGGAAAAACGUCUAUGCAGCUGACUGGAUGGUCAUGAAUAUGAUGCAGAGCAGGGUUUUCCUACGGGCAGUGAACCAGUUUACCUCUGUACUCAACCGUUUCUUUCUGGACCAAACCAGUUUUGAACUCCAGCUCUGGAACAACUAUUUCCAUUUGGCAGUGGCCUUUCUCACUCAUGAAUCCCUCCAGCUGGAGACCUUCUCGCAAGCCAAACGCAACAAAAUUAUCAAGAAGUAUGGGGACAUGAGGAAAGAAAUUGGCUUCAAAAUAAGGGAUAUGUGGUAUAACCUGGGUCCCCACAAAAUAAAGUUCAUUCCAGCAAUGGUAGGCCCAAUCCUGGAGGUAACCCUGGUCCCAGAGCCGGAGCUACGGAAAGCCACCAUUCCUAUCUUCUUUGAUAUGAUGCAGUGCGAGUUCAACUUCAGUGGGAAUGGAAACUUCCAUAUGUUUGAAAAUGAGUUGAUAACCAAGCUGGACCAGGAAGUGGAGGGUGGCCGAGGGGAUGAACAGUACAAGAUCCUGCUGGAGAAACUCCUCCUGGAGCACUGUCGGAAGCAUAAAUACCUCUCUGCAUCUGGAGAAGUGUUUGCUUUGCUGGUGAGCAGCCUCCUGGAGAACCUGCUGGACUACAGGACCAUCAUGCAUGAUGAGAGCAAGGAGAACCGCAUGAGCUGCACUGUCAAUGUGCUGAAUUUCUAUAAGGAGAAGAAACGAGAGGACAUUUAUAUCAGGUAUCUGUAUAAACUCCGGGACCUGCACACAGACUGUGAGAACUACACAGAGGCAGCGUACACUCUCCUCCUGCAUGCAGAGCUGCUCCAGUGGUCUGAGGAGCCGUGUGUCGCUCACCUUCUGCAGAGGGACAGCUACUGUGUCUACUCACAGCAGGAGCUCAAGGAGAAACUCUACCAGGAAAUCAUCUCCUUCUUCGACAGGGGCAAAAUGUGGGAAAAAGCCAUUCAACUAAGCAAAGAGUUGGCUGACAUGUAUGAAAACAAGGUCUUUGAUUAUGAGGGACUUGGGAAUCUCCUGAAGAAACGAGCUACUUUUUAUGAGAACAUCAUGAAGGCAAUGAGGCCGCAGCCAGAGUACUUCGCUGUUGGAUACUAUGGUCAGGGCUUCCCCUCUUUCCUCCGGAAUAAGAUCUUCAUCUAUCGUGGCAAAGAGUAUGAACGAAGGGAGGACUUCAACCUGAAGCUGCUGACCCAGUUCCCUAGUGCAGAGAAGAUGACCAGCACUGCCCCUCCAGGAGAAGAGAUCAAGUCUUCUCCUAAACAGUAUGUGCAAUGCUUUAUUGUGAAGCCUGUGAUGAACCUGCCGCCUAAUUAUAAAGAUAAACCUGUUCCUGAGCAGAUCUUAAACUACUACAGAGCAAACGAGGUGCAGCAGUUCACACACUCCCGACCAGUCAGGAAAGGAGAAAAAGAUCCAGACAACGAGUUUGCUAACAUGUGGAUAGAAAGGACAACCUACACAACAGCAUAUUCAUUUCCAGGCAUCCUCAAGUGGUUUGAAGUCAAACAGAUUACAACGGAAGAGAUCAGCCCCUUGGAGAACGCCAUAGAAACGAUGGAGCUAACUAAUGAGAAGAUCAGCAACAUCGUGCAGCAGCAUGUCUGGGACCGGAGUCUUCCUGUGCAUCCUCUCUCUAUGCUCCUGAAUGGGAUUGUGGACCCAGCAGUGAUGGGAGGAUAUACCAACUAUGAAAAGGCCUUUUUCACAGAGAAGUAUCUUCAAGAGCAUCCUGAAGAUCAAGAUAAAAUUGAACUGCUCAAGCAACUCAUUGCUCUACAGAUGCCAUUAUUGGCAGAAGGGAUUAGGAUCCACGGGGAGAAGCUGACCGAGCAGCUGAAGCCUCUGCAUGACAGACUGACAGCCUGCUUCAGGGAGCUGAAGAAGAAGGUGGAGAAGCAGUAUGGUGUGAUCACGUUGCCUCCCUCCCUCACCGAAAGGAAGCAGAGCAGGUCAGGCUCUGUGGUGUUGCCCUAUAUCAUGUCCUCCACGCUGAGACGGCUCUCUGUCACAUCUGUGGCCUCUUCUGUGGUCUCUUCAUCUUCCACAUCAUCUGAUAGCACUUCUUCCAGACCAGGUUCAGAUGGAUCUGUUCUGGAACCUCUCUUGGAGAGAAGAAUAUCAACAGCUUCCAGAGCUGAGGAGCUGCCCAUGAAGGAUGAUGGUGAUAACCGGAUUAGCAAACUGAAGCGGAAGGAGUGGAGUAUUAGCAAGUCUCAGGUUAUUGUAGAGAAAGAGCCAGAACUGGAACUGACUUCCAAAAUGGGCACGUCAGGAAAAGCACAAAGGCCAAAGAGUCUUCAAUUAGGAGACAACAGACUGACUUUGCUUCAGGGUUCCUCGCUCCAGCAAUCAACACCUCGAAGCCCACCACCCAUCACUCCCAAAACCCCAAGAACCCAAAGUUUCCCCUCCUUGCAAGCUGAUGGCCUGGCAAGUGCUGGCUUACAGAGCACCCCACCUCCCCCUCCGCCCAAGAGCAAGCCCUAUGAGAACAGCAACCCCAGGAACUCUGUGGAGGUUGCUCCACCACUCCCCAGCAGACGUGAAGCCAAACCUCCCCCUCCACCCCCAAAGACCAGGAAAUCCAGCGUUGUCUCUUCAGAGCAAGGCUUGCAGUGAGGAUCAGCACUCGCUGGCACAGCAGCAAGCACCCAGAGUGAAAUACCUGCUUUCUUUUUACUGACAGCACUGGGCUCUCUGCCCCAAACCCACCAGUGAUCUCACCUGCUGUUCCAUUCACUCCCUUUGGAGGCUGCUUUGGGAAAUACCACAAGGGACUGGUAUUGUGACUGUAUGCCCUAAUCCCUGGUUUACCUUUCCAGUACUGAGACACUAAUCACAUCACAGGAGAGGUCACCCUGCUGGAAUUCUCUUAGUCUUGUCUAUCCUGGUUCUUUCCCUGAUGCAAUGUCAGCAGCUCAUUCCUAGUGUAGCUGUCACGGUAGUGGUUUGCACCAGGGUUUGAACAAGGUAAGCCACACCAGUAUGUGUCCUGCAGUGUCUUCACAUAAGUUCAUUACACUUCACAGCUGCACUUCCCUCCUCCUGUCCCUGUGGCAUAGCCCAGGCCUGAUCUGCAUGAAGUGAAACAGCUCACAGCCCUGAGUUGUGAAAUGUCAGCUCCUGGGAUGUCAGGUGCUGGUGUGUGAUGUGCAGUCUCCAAAGGUUCUUGAUUGCAGGCAGAGACCUGAGCAUUGUUAGCAGAAUAAGGUCUUUUUGUUUUGCUAGUCACCAUAUGUAUUGAAGAUGAAGUGCAGACAUUCUGCCUUCACCUUAAAUACAUACAUCUACCAUCUCAGCUCUGAGUAGUGGCAGUUGCUCAUUCCCAAUGGAAAGUUUAGGCUCACCAGUACUUUGUCACAAUUUCCCUGUUGAUUCUGGUUUUAACACUACAGAGCAGUUGGUUCUCCACCCUGAACUGUGUUACCUCCCUCGUUUGUGCUUGGUAGAAUGUUUCACCUUGUGCUUUUUAAUAGGGUGCAAAAAGGUGCCUCACACCAGUGAAUAUGUGAGUAGAAGCUGCACUGAGACCAGCACUGUCCUGGUACCAGCACCUGAGAGGAUGGAGUGCACAGCUCUAGCUGUACAUCCUGACCUCAGAAACAAAGUCUGGAAGUUACUGUAACCUUCACUUUGGGUAAAUUCACAAAACCACAGCUAAUUCUCAUCCUGGCUUUUUCCCUGCACCCAUUUGUGGCAGUUCUUGCACUUUGUUUUCCAGCCUCCCUUGAUCUGGGUUUUUAACAGCCACUGGACUUUUAAGAAGCUGUUUAGACCUGGGAUGCAUUUGGAAGACUUAACUCUUCACACUUAGUUUCCUGUUGCUUCCUCUAACACUCUGCAGCUUUUAUUUCCUUGGAGGAGGAGAUAAUGUGUUUAAUUUCUUUUGUACUUAUUUGUUCCCUGCUCUGCCUGAAUAUCAGCAUCAGUCUUUGUAUAGACAAGAAACGGCACCAGAUGGGCCUUAGACACAGCAUGCCUCUGGGCCUGAGCACACACUGGACUCUGGCUACAAACCAGGACAUCCCCAUUUGUGAGCAAUACUCCUCAUUGUGCACCUUUCAGGGCUGCUUGCUCUGUGCUGCAGCCCUGAAGUGGGAAUCCAGAAGCCAAUUCAAACUCCCUUGCAGUGCAGUUCUCUGUUCACAGAGAAGCAAACCCAAAGCAACCCCAGGGUGGUUUUAGUUCAGACUGAAGUAGCCCUUUUGUUGUUACACAUUCCUUUGGCUUCAGUGUGGUUCCUGUUAAAGAAACCUGCAGAAGCUGCAUUUGCUUUGGUGCCUGCAUGGCCCUGUGGAACAGAUCACUCUCAUGGAAGGAUCCUAUUGUAUUCACAUCACAGAACAGGUUGGAACCAUUUGGAAGUUGCAGUCGCAUCAGGCACAUCUGCAGCCCUGUUGUUGCUUUAGCGCACAUACAGCUGCCUUCUGCAUUGUUGCCUUCUCAGGGGACAUCUUGGAGACCUUCCUGGACAACUUGACCAUGGUUCCCCCCUCUCUGUGGUGCAUUGAAGGCCUUGUCAGCUCCACAUUAUGUUCUUGGAUGUAGGUGCUGCUUGACUUGAGAACCACAGGGUUUUCUUGUCUUCCAUGUUUUGUCCACUUCCUCCUCCUGUAACCACUGUCUUCCUUGUGCUGCACACACAAACUAAAGGUUCAGGUCCUCUGAAACUCUUCACUUGAAUAAGAACUUGUCUUUUGCUCGAGGCAGAACAUCAGGAUGUGGUCUGAAUUGUAGCAAAGUGGGUAUUAACUCCACCUCUUGUUAAUUCAGUGCCUUCCCCCAUUCUGCAUCUGCCUUUACCUCAGCCUUGGGUGCAUUUCUCUUUCAGAGCAGGUUGGCUUUUAACUCCUGUGGUAAGAGCAGAAACAAAGGACUCUGUUGGAAUCUCAGCUAAGGGUUUGUCAGUUGUGGGGAAACAAACUGGAGGGCUAGAAAUGGGAGUAGAACAUUAACGUUGUCAUCUCUGCACCCCAGAAGGGAAAGCAAAGAGCAGCAUUUCUACCCAAUUCAUGGCUUUUGAAUCAAGCAAACCUCCAAGUUAAAUACCGAGUCUGCAGAGAAGACAAAACUAAUCCCAUUUCAUAGCUGGGCUCUUCAAAGCUAGUGUUACAUGUCAAGUCUUAGAGGAUUUAGGUUUGCUUUGGAGAAAUAUGCUCAACACUUGUUUUCUGGAGCUUUUAAUUAAAACUUGUCAUGCUGUGAUAACGUCCUUUAAAAUGACACAGGCUCUAAUCCACAUCAGGGAGGAGGGAAACAGGCAGCUUUCCACUGCAGUGGAUCAUUGGGUUAGGAAAGGACACCGAUUCCAGUGAGAGCAGCUCUGUGAUCUGCAGUGGCAGAAAACACCAUCGUGUCUAUGCAGUGGGUUUGGAGAACCUGCAUCUAACGACCUUCACACUGUGCAGCCCAGUGUGUGCUCCACACAUGAGCAGUGAGGUAGACUUGGAGUGAUGAUGGCUCAGAUUUUCUCUCCUUAUUUAUUUUUGUAAGUGUAAAUGGAAAUAGUAAGUUUAAGAUGUCUGUAAUUUAACUGUAAGCUUUUUAUGGUGGAAGCAUUCCUGACCCGUUACUGCUGCCUUCUUUUAGUUCUUGUCAUUAAAAACCUUCUCUAUUUGGUAUUUACUGUUGCAGACCAAAUUACCUAGGGGAUCAGGGUGAGCUUUUCCUAGGACUACAUGGGAAAGAGAAAGAAAAGGAAUAAUGUGGUUUCAUUCAAAGGCACAGGAGGUUCACCUGACUCUGCUCCUGGUGACAUGAAAGCACCUCUAGGACUUUGUGGCACGACAGAGAGUACACAAAGGAGUAUAGAGGAGCUUAAUAAAGGUGGAAAGCAUCUGUUGAUGCUGUAUUGGUCUGACUGUCUUGAUUUAAGGCUGUCUGAACCCCUGGACAUGCCUGACUGCAUACUUCAAACCCAGUUUUCACAUGCAUGGUCUGCAGUUGUCUAUUCAGCAGAGGUGUAAAUCAUCAGCAGCUCUGCAACUCAGCCCCAACAUGCAUGGUAUUAAUUGAUGUAGUUUCUCACUGUUGGCAUUACAGAGGUUGAAUGACAUGAUAAACCUUGGGACUUGUUCAUCUUGAAUUCAGGAGAAUAUGGAUGUUGUGUAAGAGUAUUUUGUGAGUGGUUUGAGAUCCCGGGUGUGAUGGUUCAGUUACAAAGAGCACCUCUGCAGACUGCAAAGACCUUUCUCUUUUUCCUCUUUCUUUUAGUUCUCUGCAAUUGAAUCAGCAAAAAAUCCAGCUUUUAAACUGGCUCUGAAGGAAGAGCAGGAGCUAAGCUUUGGAAAGGGAGUCUGCGUCUCUCUGGGUAAAUGACAUCUGAUUCACUAAGUCUGUAAAGCAAGGUGUAUAAAUUCACAUGGUUUUUAAAGUGUAUUAACUGUUGUAAAGUUUGUAAAUACCUUUUUAAAAUAAAUGUAGUUUUUAUGAGUGAA